AUGUCCCUAGCUCAAACUCAUGGCCGAGCUCGACGCGCUGGCGUUGGCAAGUCAAGAAACGGUUGCUUGACCUGCAAAAUUCGACGUGUCAAAUGUGAUGAGACAAAACCUCAUUGUCGAAGGUGCACAGAGUCUGGUCGCAAGUGUGAAGGGCCAGUGUCUAAUCGAAUUGUGUUCGUCGAGGGGCAGUCCAUCCCCUCCAGUCGUUCCAGCACCCCACAGCUCGAGUUAUCUCCUUUCGCUCCGCAACACAGCGAAAGUGAGCGCCGCGCAUUCCACUAUUACUUAAAUCACGCGGCGCCGAUAUUCGCAGGGGCUAUCGAUGGCGUCUUUUGGGAAGACCUGGUUCCCCGGCUGGCCUCGACGUACGACUUUGUUUGGGACGUUUCUGUCUGCUUGAGCAUUUUCGUUGAGCACGUCCCAUAUAUUCCGAUUCCAGACGAGCACGAGUCGCAUUGUGUCAAUGAUGCACUUAGCCGGGAGCAUCGGCGUGCCCUAAGACUGUACAGCAGAGCCAUCGCGAGUGUCCGCAAGCUUGUGAAUUCUGGCCAGGUCGAUGAGUCGCUCAUCGUCUUGAGCUACAUAUUGUUCUCGUCGGUCGAGUUUCAACAACAGCAUGUUCGCACAGGGCUCGAGCUCCUGAAAACGUGCUGCAGUAUUCUGACUCAAAAUCUGACAAGACCUUUUCGGCAGUUGACAUCCUCUUUGGCUCUUGAUGUUCAUCAAGUGGUCGGACCGUUUAUCUUGAAGAAGGGCCUUUACACUACAAUUUUGGGACAGGGUUCGCCGACCACCGAUGAACAGCUUGUGGCCGUAGCAAAACCGCCUACCACACUUACCUUGGAGGACGCAAGACAAGAUCUCCCACAACUGAAGAAUCAGUGCUUCGAAUUAGUCAGGGUCGCAGAAAUUGUCGCUGUAGUCGAAGAUGAGCACCCUUUCAAAGUUAACUUUACUUUGCAGCGUGAGGCAGUCCUAGCCAGAUUGAGGGAGUGGAAAUCGGCUUUUCACGCUUCGCUGGGAAACUCUCCAGUGCCUGGGACGAGAGAGGGUCGACUACAUUCGUACCUUUGCAUGUAUUGGUCAUUGUGCUACAUCUCUUUGGGUGCAUGUGGAAGUCCUCUCCAGGGAGCCUUUGAUGCGUAUAUGGGAGACUUUGUUGAACUUACUGAGCAGGCCGCGGUGUACCUGAAAUGCACCAUUCAAUCCACUGACAGUGAACAAGAGGACAUUUUCAGCCCUGGAGUUGUCCCAGCAUUAUAUUUCUGUGCGCUCAAAUGUCGCCAUCCUACAACUAGACGACGAGCGCUUCGCCUGCUUCGCCAGGCUCCUGCGGAACACAAUGAUUGGGGUCUCAUCGCACCAGACCUUGUUGCUGCAAAAGCAAUUUCUGUUGAAGAAGGAGGACACCUUCCGGACGCUGCCUCCUUGGAAACGGACGAGAUUGUCUUGCCUCCAGAAGACCGUCGAUUUGCCCAUGUCAGUGUCGUGGGACAAUUGGCACCGGGCUGUCAACAACGCCGAGCACUUGAACUCAGCAGGUUCGAAAUCCAGCGUGACGGCUCGAGACGACUGUUCAAUGAGCACGUUUGGUUGGACGAUGAGGAGCAGAUUUGGCCUGAUGAUGAAUACGAGCGCCUGGGCAUUCCCAUGGGGCUGUGAGCGCUUGGCCGGGGACCAAGUCU